AUGUGGAGACAUUUAAAAUAUUUAGGUGUUGAAAGGUUUCCUGAAAUGCAGUUUUUCCAACAAGAAAAUGUGAGAAAAAUUCUUACAGAUGUUCUUUUCUGUUAUGCUAGAGAAAACGAGCAGUUGCUUUAUAAACAGGGAAUGCACGAGCUGUUAGCGCCUAUAGUCUUUAUCCUCCACUGUGACCACCAAGCUUUUCUUCAUGCCAGUGAGUCUGCCCAACCAAGUGAGGAAAUGAAAACUCUCUUGAACCCCAAGUAUCUGGAACAUGAUGCCUAUGCGAUGUUCUCACAACUUAUGGAAACUGCUGAACCUUGGUUUUCUACUUUUGAGCAUGAUGGUCAAAAGGGGAAAGAAACACUGAUGACUCCCAUUCCCUUUGCUAGACCACAGGAUUUAGGGCCAACAAUUGCUAUUGUUACUAAAGUCAACCAGAUCCAGGAUCAUCUACUGAAGAAGCAUGAUAUUGAGCUUUAUAUGCACUUGAACAGACUAGAAAUCGCACCACAGAUAUAUGGGUUACGGUGGGUCCGGCUCCUGUUUGGACGAGAGUUCCCCCUGCAGGAUCUUCUGGUGGUCUGGGAUGCCUUGUUUGCAGAUGGCCUCAGCCUGAGUUUAGUUGAUUAUAUCUUCAUAGCCAUGUUGCUCUAUAUCCGAGAUGCUUUGAUCUCUAGUAACUACCAGACCUGUCUUGGCCUUCUGAUGCAUUACCCACUAAUUGGGGACGUACACUCACUGAUUCUCAAGGCUCUGUUCCUUCGAGAUCCAAAGGAAAAAAGAAUGCAGUUACUCGUCAAUGAGGUAUAUGAGUUUUGGUCUGUGAACUUAAGAACCAAUGCCAAAGGUGCUCCCCUGAAUAUAAAUAAGGUCUCUAAUAGCCUGAUUAAUUUUGGAAGAAAGCUGAUUUCUCCAGCAAUGACCGCCCCAGGCAGUGCGGGCGGCCCUGUACCAGCAGGCGGUAGUGGCAGCUCGUCCCCUGCCGUGGUUCCCGCCGUGGUUCCCGCCGUGGUUCCCGCCGUGGUUCCCGCCAGGACCUUAGCAGAGGUCCCCAGGCAUCAUUUGCAGCAGCAGCAGCAAAGACUGAUGAAAUCAGAGAGCAUGCCCGUGCAGUUGAACAAAGGCGAUGUAGUUACAGGAAGCGAUGCUCAGGUUUCUGUUCCUGUCCAGACUCUAACUGACCUCCAAGGACAAAGUUCCAAAACCAUCAGUUCAUCCCCAAGCACUGAAAGUUUGCCUGGAGGAAGAGAAUUCACUGGCUCCCCACCUUCAUCUGCUACUAAAAAGGAUUCCUUUUUUAGCAACAUCUCCCGUUCCCGCUCACACAGCAAAACUAUGGGCAGAAAAGAAUCUGAAGAAGAAUUAGAAGCCCAAAUUUCCUUCCUUCAAGGACAGUUGAAUGACCUGGAUGCCAUGUGCAAAUACUGUGCAAAGGUGAUGGACACUCAUCUAGUAAAUAUUCAAGAUGUGAUAUUACAAGAAAAUUUGGAAAAAGAAGAUCAAAUUCUGGUUUCUCUGGCAGGAUUAAAACAGAUCAAAGACAUUCUAAAAGGUUCUCUGCGUUUCAACCAGAGUCAGCUGGAAGCUGAGGAGAAUGAGCAGAUCACCAUCUCAGAUGACCACUACUGCUCCAGUGGCCAAGGCCAAGGCCGGGGCCAGAGCGACGAAAUGCCUGGGGCCACCAAGCAGGCCUCUUCAGAAACACCAGGGCGCGUGGACAGAGGAAGUACAGAUGACUUCAUCCUGGUCUCCAAAGAAGACGAGGGGGGCAGCGCCAAGGGGUCCUUCUCAGGCCAGUCCCAGCCUCUUCGCACCCUCCGAAGCACCUCUGGGAGAAGCGAGCCCCUGGCCCGCUCUCCUCUCGUGUUCUCCGACCCUCUGAUGGGCCCUGCCUCGGCUUCCUCGAGCAACCCCAGCUCCAGCCCCGACGAGGACAGCAGCAGCAACAGCAAGGACUCUGGCUUCACCAUUGUGAGCCCCCUGGACAUCUGA